AUGUCGAAUCUCUGGCGCGUCCUGCGACUGGCCCUCGCGACCGCCUCCCGACCUCUCCGCUGGCUGCUGCGGCAACUGGCCGCCGGUUCUUCCGAGAACGACGAGCAGCCCGCGAACGACCCUUCCUUCUGGACCCUGCUCGUCGCCUGGCUCAGGGGCUGCAAGAUGGAGGCCCUGCUCUUCGUCUACACGGCGGCGGCCACCAUACCGGCCGCGGCCAUAGCUGACAUCUUCGAGCAGCAGUCGUGCCAAAGCCUGUCGUACGCCAGGCACGUCUGCGACAACCUCGCCAAGCACGAAGACGAACGGUACAAGGUGUACGUGCUGUCGAACCGCUACCUACUCCUGUCGGACGGCCUGCUCACGCUCACCUCCGCCGUGGUCGCCAUCCUCGCUGGCCCCGUGUGCGACAAGUACGGACACCGGACGCUCGUGGGCUUCGCCAUCGCGGGUGCCGCGACCACGUCGCUCGUGCGCGUCUUUCUCGCACUGGGCGGCGGCCACAUGCUGGCGCACGUGUUCUCGGUUCUGCCCAUGGGCCUGACGGGAGGUCCCGUGCUCAUGCUCGCCUGCUGCUACUACGUGGUGACGAAACGCACGCAAGCUAGGCUCUUUCGAACCAUCAGGUUUUACCUGCUCGAAGUGGCGGCGCUCCUGGGUCGCGCAGUGGGCUGGCUGAUGGGCUGGCUCCUGCAUUCGGUCCUCGAUCACCACGUGUCGCUGUGGUCGGCGCUGGCGGCGCAGUGCUUCCUGCUGGCGACGCUGUGGGCGAGCCCCCACGUCAGGGACUCUUCGACGAGCUCGACGGGCAAGCCGAACCAGCUGAGGCUGCUCGUGAGCAAGGAGAACGCCCGCGAGGCGGCCAAGAUGCUUGGCGGCCACCGCAGGAUACAGGGCACGCUCAGGCUGCUCUUCGCGCUGCAGGCGCUCAUUGCGACCAUCAAUUACGGGCCCGAUGAGAUCCUGUACCCUUAUGCUCGGCUGGCGUACAAAUGGACGUAUUCGUACUUCGCCAUCGUCUCGGCUGUCGGCGGCCUGCUGGUCGGCGUGAUGGGAGUGUUCGCCAUUGGCUGCAUGCGCGUCGUCGGCGUCAACGACGUCACCUUCAUGAACAUUGGUGCCACCUUUGGGGGCGUCCGCGACUUGAUCAUCGGCCUGACGCAAAUGUCCACCGCGUUCUACUUCAGUGAGCCUUUCCAUUCAUUCAUUCAUUCAUUCAUUCGUAACGCCGAGAUUGUAGAGAGCGAGACAGUCAAAUACAAAGAAAUGACAGGGUGGCCCGUAGUCUUCUACACACCGCGCGCUGACGCGCUUAGACGUGUAUGUGUGGUCAGGCCUUGA